AUGGAACCCCGCCAUUUCGGCCGCCCCCUGCUGCCUCUCCUCCUCGCCGUCCUCCUCGGCCUUCGGCGCUCCGGCGCGCAGGACGACGGCAACUACACCGUCCCCGCGCGCUUCGCCUGCAGUGUCCCGGCGCCGUGCGAAACCUACGUCGUGUACCGGACGCAGGCCCCGGGCUACCUGGACCUCGGCAGCAUCUCGGACCUCUUCGACACGAGCCGGGCGCGGAUCGCCAGCACCAACAACCUGACCUCCGAGGACGCCGCGCUCCUGCCGGGCCAGCCGCUGCUCGUGCCCGUCAGCUGCGGCUGGCCGGCGAUGCUGAUCCCAGUUCGGCAGCCGCCGCAGCUUCCGCCGCUGCGCUACGCUGCUAGUGCAGGCGAUGGCAAGUCCAGGUCGCGCCGUCGGGGUAUCAUCAUAGGCCUCGGCAUCUCAGGGUCUCUCGUGGCGCUCGCCGCCGUGUGCGUGGCGAUCCUGGCGCACCGGAGGUACCGCAAGAAGGCGUCGGUGCGCCUGGGUUCACGGUUCGUAAGCCCCAAGCUUUCGUGGGACAAGAACCAGUACGGUCUUGAGAGAAGCAAUUCCUUCGCCCACAUGAUCAAAGGAGGGGACAACAAGCUGCUCACCGGCGUGUCGCAGUUCAUCGACAAGCCGAUCAUCUUCGUGGAAGAGGAGAUCAUGAAGGCGACGACGAACUUGGACGAGCGUUGCAGGAUCGGGAGCUCGUACUACCGGGCGAAGCUCGACGGGGAGGUGUUCGCGGUGAAGCCGGCGAAAGGCGACUUGUCGGCGGAGCUGAGGAUGAUGCAGAUGGUCAACCACGCCAACCUGAUCAAGCUGGCCGGCGUAUCCAUCGGCGCUGAUGGGGACUACGCCUUCCUGGUGUACGAGCUCGCCGAGAAGGGCUCACUCGACAAGUGGCUGUACCAGAAGCCGCCGUCCGCGCUGCCGUCGUCGUCGUGCACCGUGGCGGCGACUCUCUCGUGGGUCCAGAGGUUGAGCAUUGCGCUGGACGUCGCCAACGGCCUGCUCUACCUGCACGAGCACACGCAACCGAGCAUGGUGCACGGCGACAUCCGCGCGCGGAACAUUCUCCUGACGGCGGAUCUCAGGGCCAAGAUAUCGGGCUUCUCCCUGGCCAAGCCAGCCACGACCGACGCCGCCGCGACGAGCUCCGACGUGUUCGCCUUCGGGUUGCUGCUCCUGGAGCUCCUCUCCGGCCGGAGGGCGAUGGAGGCGCGCAUCGGCUCGGAGAUUGGCAUGCUGUGGCGGGAGAUCCGCGCCGUGCUGGAGGCCGGCGACAAGCGGGAGGCGAAGCUGAUGAAGUGGAUGGACCCCGCCCUGGGAAGCGAGUACCAGGUCGACGCGGCUCUCAGCGUGGCCGGCAUGGCGAGGGCGUGCACCGAGGAGGACGCGGCGCGGCGGCCGAAGAUGGCCGAGGUCGUGUUCAGCCUCUCCGUUCUGGCGCAGCCGUUGUCCGUGGCCGACGCGUUCGAGAAGCUGUGGCAGCCCAGCUCGGAGGACAACAUCCGGAUCGCCGGCUCGGUGGCAGCCCGAUAGGAUCAGAACAGAGCUUAGUUUCCUUGACUUCAACCUGCACCGUAACUAGUUUCCUGCUACUUCUCUCUUUUAUUUAAAUGUGUAUGGAUUGUACGAUAUUUUGCUUCAGCUGUACUGUACACUACUAAUGUUUUGCAUCAUGCAUAGU